ACCCGGCGUCACCCUUUCAAAAGGUUAUGUCAAAAUCAGUACAUUUUUCAUACCCUUUUAAAAUGGUGACGACGGGUGAACUUGAAAAAAAGGAUACUUUUGACUUUAAGUGUAGAGAACGGCCAUCUCACACGUCUCAAACCAAUUGAUUAAUCGAAACACGAGAAGUGUCAGAUAAUUCCGAACUGUCAGUGAGAACCGCCUUCAUUUUUUGUUAAUGUUGUUAUUUGGUUGGAGUAGUAAAUAUUGUAUUUGUAGGAAAAUAAAUUUAAAAAAAUGUUUUUUUUUUUUAAUUUGUAAACUUCGUGUAAUAAGUGACAGUUUGUCACUUUUUAGUUUUACUUUGACCAACCAACGGGGUACAUACUAAAAAAGUGUCAAACAAAAAAGUGACCAACCACCGGGGGUUGAGUGUAUGUAGAGGGAAUAUUUGGGCGAACCGUUCAUAUUACGGCUCAAGCAAAAGAACGAAUGAGCGACCGCUCAGGAAAAAAUGAGCGGCGGUUAAUUUUGUGAACCGGUUCUUUUCAAAGAACCAUACGGCCGUUGCACCUGGUGGACAAGUCGAACGUGCCCUUCCGAACCGUUCACAUUGAUCAUCUAGGACCGCUGGAGAAGACGAAAGGCAAGAACGAGCACAUACUUGCCGUUAUCGACGCGUUUACGAAGUACGUUAUUUUACCCGACCAAGACAACCAACUCGCGCGUAGAGAUCCUUAAUAAUUUAGCCAGCUUAGACUUAGCCAGCUUAGAUUUAGCCAGCUUAGACCCAAGGGGCGAGACACAGUUAAUCAACUAUAAUUAAUCUAAUUAAUUGGAGCUGAUUUUGGUUGAUUAGCUAAUUGAUUAGCGCUGAUUUGACAACCCAUUCCCAUCCUACGUCAAAUUAUCUUGGCAUGUCGAGAAAAGUUGUUUUGACAGCUACAAAAUGAGUUUUGCUUUGAAAUGAGGGAAGAAAAAAAAGAUUUCCUUGAAAACGAAUUUUUGUCGAUGCAGAAAACAGAUUUAACGUCGCCGUCUCUCGUCGAAAUCGAGACUGGUUUAGUUCCUGCACAUCCAGCGGCAAAUGAUCAAGGAACUGUUGGGUCCAGUGUUGAAGAAACCGUAAGAUCCGGUGGUGGCGCACAAGAAUAGGAAGUUUCCCGGCCACCCGUACAUCGUCGUAGUUCCUUCCGGGCCGAAACUGGCCUCGCCGAGCAGUCGACUCCAGAAGUGGUACUCGCUGUUUGCUGUUUGAUUCGGUGGUUCCGAUUAAGAUGCAUCCCAGGGGAAACAUGAACAAGCAAUCAAUGCAGACGACGCCGGUUCUGUUCGUGAUUGGCCAAAUAUCCACCCCAAUUGACGAGACAUCCGAAAUCCAACCUAAAGCUUUCGAACAACAGCAGCAACCUGGCCGUGACCGGCGGUUCAGCGAUUAUCCCACAGCGGCCACGGCCUCACCACCAAUUGCCGCGAAACGAAAGCACCGCAUGAACCCGUCUGCCGGCACCGUGGACGGGGAACAGGACAAAGUGGCUCAAACCACAAACAACCCGCCAAGCGAGGCCCAAAAGUCCCAAAAUGAUCCCGCGCCGAAAAGUUGGUCCUUUAGCAAAGCCAAAAGGAACUGGAUGUGGCCAUCAUAAGCAUUCUACCGGACGCGGACAAGGUUCCGGAAGUUAAGAAGAAGGCAUCCCCAGUCCCCAACUUCCAGAUCUCAGGUAACGACACAACAACCAGCGGCUUGAUUGUUCGUCACUGUGCAGUUUCGGUGUUUACAAAAUAAUUAGUUUUUAUUUUUAUUAGUUUUUCAUGGUAAUAAAAAAAUCGGUUCUUUUGUUGUUUUUCUUUGGCCACAAGGCCCGAUGAUUAGUCGCCUUUUAGUAAUUGUUAUGAGACAAUAACUACCCCGUUUGGACCCAGUACAUAUUUCUGAACGGAACAACCUGAAUUAAUAAUUAAAACAGAAUGUUGUGUCUAAAAUAACUUAAAUUCAAUAAAAGAAAGUUCAAUCUU